CAGAUAUCGAUCUGCUACAGAUUGGAAACUUAACUGAAGUUUCUAGAUAAUUAGUAUUAGUAAGUCUAGACUGAACUGGGUGAUUAAAAGUAGCAUAUAUCUUUAGGUUAUAGUGGAUCAUUUUCUGUACCCUUUUUUUUUCUUACAUUAUACAGUAAAAGUUUAUUAUAUUAUCAGUACAGGUUACACUAAUUACACUACUAAGAUAGUCAAUAUCAUGAAAUAGAGUUAGUUCCUUAGUUACUGCAUCUGAUCAUCUUUCGUUAAAUAUAUUAUUGCCUUCUUCCAAAUAGUUGGCCUACAAAUCGCUAGCCAUAGUCAUAGUCAUAGUCAUCUUCAUAUCAUUUAACCUUUAUAAUGGCUCCUAAUCAUUUCAGUGCAAGAACACAAAUCAAUAAGUAUAAACUUGAUGAAUCUACAUUCGAUUUGGUCGAUGUAGAUGGAUUUAGAAAUACUCGUGGUUCAACCAUAUUUGCAUACUUUGUCAUGUGGAUCCUUAUAUUCCUUUCAUGGGCUCUUUUAGGUACUGAUAUAUAUACAUGUUUAAAUAUUUUGGUAUUUCAUAGAUGGUCUAAUAAUGAUUAUAAACCAUAUGCAUAUUCAGUAGCUAAAUGGAUAUUUACUGGUUGUAUUAUAUUUGAAUUUUGUCUUUUAUUAUAUCAUUGGAUUUGGGCCAUUCAUACUUAUAAAACAAAAAAUAUUGCUUUGGUUUAUGUUAAUAAUAUUGCUAGAUUAUUAUAUAGUAUACGAUCUUUUAAUUAUUUUUGUUUAUUUAAUCAAAUUGAACAAGAUAAUUUCUUUGAUUGGUCAUGUUUCUUUUGUUAUGGUGAAUUAGAUAAUGCUUUACAAUUAUUAGUUGCUGAUACUCCAAGACAAGUUAUUAAUAUCUUAACUUUAAGAUAUUAUGCUACUGAUGGUGAAACAAAUAAUAAUAUCUUAAAUAAUAUUAAAACUAUCGCAACUACAAAUUUAACUUUGUCAAUAAUUUUAUCAUUAAUGUGUGUAUCAGUUAUUAUUUGGUCUAUAUUCUUUUUUAAAUUCUUAUUAGGAAUGAUCCUUUAUUUACCAGUAGCAUUUAAAGUUAAAUCUAGAUCUUCAAGUGGAUCAUUAAAGAAAUAUUGUUGUGAACUGGUUAAUAAGAAUGUUAGAUUAUUAGUUAUAAAACAUCAUAAAUCUAAACGUGAAUUAUUGGAUAAGGGAAUUCUUAGUAAAAAAGAUAUUAUUGCUAAUCCAUUAUUAAAUAGUUCAACUACAGAUUUAGAAAAUUUAGCUAUGCCACCUUCAUUUAGAACUAAUGAUGAAACUUUCAAAAAGAAUAGUAUUAGUUCAGUAUCUGCCAAUUAUAAUGAUAGUUUUAGGAAACCACCACAAAUGAAAUCUACUCCAUAUGAAUUGAAUACUAUGAGAAAAGAUAGUGCAUUAUCUAUUGAAUCUGCUAGUGAAUUAACUUAUGAUUAUACCAGAAAACCUCCACCUCCACCUGCAACAUUACGUGGCAAUAGAUCCUUAACAACAUUAAAUUCUCUCAAUAAUUCACAAUCUGAUCUUAGUAAUCAACCACCUCCACAACAACUCGAUGUCACAAAUAUGUCUACUUCAGCAGCAGCUGGUGGACAAUUUCCAUAUAGAAGAAUUAGACCUCCAUCUAAUACAUCUUUGGAUCAUUACAAUAAUAAUAAUAAUAAUAAUGGAUCAGUACCUUUAAGACGUCUUAAACCGGCAUUUACUGAACCUAUACUAUCAACCAGACCCAUUCAACCACCACCAAAUCCACAAAUUCCUUCAUCUAAUCUUAUACCGCAAUCAUAUGUUGCACCUUCUAUUUCACAUUCUUAUUCUCAUUCUCGUCAAGACUCAUUUAAUUUCCAACCUUCUACCAACACUCAAUAUAAUGCACUUAAUCACAGUAGUGAUAGUGUUGAAACAGGAUAUAUAAUGGAACCUAGACGGAAUGUGUCUAAUAGUGAUGAGUAUGAUAUGAUCAAAGAUAUUGAUAGUUAUGAAUCAAGCGAUCAAUCUCCAUCUAGUCUGGUUACUGGAGAACAUAUACCAUAUCCACUCAAUGAAAUUAAUGAAACAGAGAUUGAAACUGAACAAGUACCUUAUCCACCUCGUGGUGUAUCUGUGUAUGAUUACUACUCUUAUGAUCAAAUAGUCAAUCAUAAUAAUAAUGAUAAUGAUAAUGAUAAUAAUAACAAUCAUCAUCAAAGCCAUUAAAGUACUUUGGUCAUUUUAUAGAAUGUCUUAAUAAUA